CGCUGAAGGGCUUUUCCAAAGCAAGAACACGCAAAUUCUCUGUCUUCUGACUCUCUCACUGACUCCUUGGUAUUGGUAUUUGCAGACCCCUUUCAACUGACUCGUGGAUUUUGUCUCAAACUCUGAGGAAAUAAUGUGAAUGCCAUUGUUCUCGGGAAAGAUCUGCUUAUCUUUGACUAAUUGGCAUGGCAACUGAGAGCCCUAUGAGGUUGGUGGAAAGUGGCAGAUCUGGAAACUGGUCCUCCAGCAAUGAUACUCCAAUUUUUAGAGUACCAUUGAAAGAUUUGGCAGCAGAGGAAUUGGGUUUACUUUUGAAGGGGCAUAGAUUCCGUGCAGAUCAAAUGGGCAUGCUUCCUAAUCGAAGUGGUAGUGCACCACCAAGUAUGGAGGGAGCAUAUGCUGCUAUAGAGAACCUUUUAGCUCAACAAAACACUGAUAUGAAUUCCGGCUUGGCAAAUAUAAGUAGUUCCAUCCAAAAUUAUGAUUCAGAGGAACAACUGCGCUCCGACCCUGCAUAUGUUGCAUAUUACUCUUCUAAUGUCAACUUAAACCCAAGGCUCCCUCAGCCUCUUAUCCCACUGGAGAAUCGGUUCCUAGUGCAUCGUGUAGGUGGUCUAGGAAGUAAUUGGUCAUGUUCUGUAGAUGACAGUGGGGACAGAUCCUUAAAACCGUCUAGGGUUGUCCUUUCAACUCAUAAGGAGGAGCCUGAGGAUGAUCAAUCUCCCAGGCAAACUUUGGGCAGGUGCUCAGAGAAUAAUCAUGCUCUUAUGCAUGGACAGAACACAAGUUUGGCUGGUCUUCAUAAAAGUUUGGUUGACCUCAUACAGGAGGACUUCCCUCGUACCCCUUCACCUGUUUACAGUCUGUCGCGUCCUUCAAGCCAUGCAACAGAAGAAGUGAUUGAUCAUGAUCUCCAUGCAAUUUCAUUGAAUAUUUCCUCUAUUAACAUUUCAAAAGUUCCAGAGUCCAAUUCAGGCUCAACAUGUAUUACCGGGUCGCCAAUGCCACAAGAGGAUGAUCAAAAUACUACAGAUGGGGAUUUGGAGGGCAUUGCAUCAACUAGAGGUGGAGCUCAAUCAGAUUUGGUUACUAGAAAUAAACAAGAAGAGCCACAAUCUCAUGGGAAGAAUAUGUCGCCAUACCAUCAGUCUCAACAAGAAGGAAAUCCUUAUCUGGCCCAGGGAGUCCCUGCUGAAGUGAUUUCUCAAGAAUUGAAUUAUUCAGAGAGUGGCGAAGAACAAAAUCCUAAUUCCCAUUCUACAUUUUUUCCCACUGAGGUACAACCAUCAUUACAUUCUUCUGGAUUGGCUACCCCUCUGUAUGAGUCACCAUAUAUGACGUCAGGAAGUCCAGUUUACCCAAAUUUUCAUCAGUCUGCCUUUUAUGCUUCGCAAUACACAGUGGGUGGUUAUGCCCUAAAUUCUGCAUACCUUCCCCCAUUAAUGGCUGGAUACACCUCACAUGGUGCAAUUCCUAUACCAUUUGAUGCUAAUUCUGGUCAAAAUUUUGAUGGUCAAAUUGCUGGUGUUUCAAGUGGAGAAAGCUUCCCACAUGCAGGUGAUUUACAGCAUCUAGACAAGUUCUAUGGACAGCAGGGAUUUAUGCUACAACCUUCUUUUGUCGACCCUUUGCAUAUGCAUUACUUUCAACAUCCAUUUGGCGAUGCACAUGGUGCUUCAGUUCAGCAGGUUCGCCUGGCUUCAGGUGGUGUAACUGGAGGCCAGAUUGAUCCUUUUUUCCUCCAGAAAGAGUCAGCUUUUCCUGCUUAUAUCAAUGAUCAGAAAUUUCGGCCUCGAACAAAUGGGAGUCCAAGCAUUUAUAACUCAGGGAAAAUGGGAACUAGCAUUGGUAGUUAUUAUGGAGGUCCACCAAGCAUGGGUCUCAUGACACAGUUCCCAGCCUCACCUCUUUCUAGUCCUGUACUGCCAUCAUCUCCUGUUGGUGGAAUAAAUCAUUUAGGUCGGCGAAAUGAAAUAAGGUUUCCUCAAGUUUCAACCAGAACUUCUGGACCGUAUUCUGAAUAUCAUGUACAGAGGGGAUUGAACACUUUUCAAGCCCCAAAAAGGCAUUCUUUUCUUGAAGAACUGAAAUCAAGCAAUGCUGGAAAAUUUGAACUCUCUGACAUAGCAGGGCGAAUAGUUGAAUUCAGUGUCGAUCAACAUGGAAGUAGAUUUAUUCAGCAGAAAUUGGAACACUGCAGUGUUGAAGACAAGAUUUCUGUUUUCAAAGAACUUGUUCCACAUGCUUCCAAAUUAAUUACAGAUGUUUUUGGAAAUUAUGUUAUUCAAAAGUUCUUUGAACAUGGAAGUCCUGGGCAAAGAGAGGAGCUUGCCAAUCAUCUUGCUGGACAGAUGUUACCUUUUUGUUUACAGAUGUAUGGCUGUCGUGUGAUACAGAAGGCCCUUGAAGUGAUUCAACUUGAUCAGAAGAUGAAACUUGUCCGUGAGCUUGAUGGGCAUGUUAUGAGAUGUGUGCGUGAUCAGAAUGGAAAUCAUGUUAUACAAAAGUGCAUAGAAUGUGUACCUUCAGAAAAUAUUGGAUUUAUUAUUUCGGCUUUUAGAGGUCAAGUUGCAACACUUUCUAGUCAUCCCUAUGGCUGCCGCGUCAUUCAGAGAGUCUUGGAGCAUUGUUCAGAUAAGCAACAAACUCGAUGUAUUGUUGAUGAAAUACUGGAAUCUGCUUCACUUCUCGCUCAAGACCAGUAUGGCAACUAUGUCACACAGCAUGUUUUGGAGAGGGGAAAGCCCCAUGAAAGAAGAUUAAUUGUCAGCAAAUUGACUGGAAAGGUUGUACAGAUGAGUCAACACAAAUAUGCAUCAAAUGUUGUUGAAAAAUGUCUAGAGUACGGUGAUGCAGCUGAACGUGAACUUUUGAUCGAGGAGAUAAUUGGGCAGUCUGAGGAGAAUGACAAUUUAUUGGUAAUGAUGAAGGACCAGUUUGCCAAUUACGUGGUCCAGAGGAUUCUUGAAAUAAGCAACGACAAACAGCGGGAGAUACUGCUUGAUCGUAUAAGAGUUCAUCUUAAUGCUUUGAAAAAAUACACUUAUGGGAAGCACAUAGUUGCUCGUUUUGAACAAUUAUGUGGUGAAGAGAGUGAAGUAGUAGCAGAUUCUUAAGGGAUCUUCAUGGACAGGCGGCAUCCCACGCGUGCCAGUUUUGCUUGUGGAAGAUGGGAACAUCAUCAGAACACCUCACUCUGUAAUCAAAGCGCCAGAUCGAGCAUCACCUGAAGAAAUAUGCCGGGGUAGUGUAGGAUGGUGUCUGGUUGCAUGUAUAGAUCAAUGGUGAAUAUAUAUAUAUGUAUAUAUAUAUAUGAUUUGUAUAAUCCUCAACUGUAUUUAUGUACAUGUAUGUAUAGCAUUAGAUAAUUGUGAUUGGUUUUGAUUUGCGGAUUUUAGCUUGGGAUAUUAUUCUGAUGGAACAAGUUUAAUAUACUUUUUUUAUUGCGAUUGUUGAAAUAUUAUGUUCUGUUUAUGGGUAACAAUUUUUAAUGCCAUUA